AUGGCGACGACUCUCCCCAUCAAGCCCCUGGACGGCGCCGGCGGCUACCUGCGGUGGAAGGAAUCUCUGCUCCUCCGCAUGCGCAUCCGCACCCUCAGCGUCGCCCACGUGGUUUUCGAGGCCCGUCCCGCCGGUGCCGGUGCCGGCGCCGGCGGCGAUAACGAUGAGGCCGCGGCCAAGAAGUGGGCGCGCGACGACGCGGUGUGCCGCGGCCACAUCCUCGCCACGCUCUCCGACUGCCUGCUGCCAGACUACGCCCUUUUUCGCCACGGCCGCGGAGCUGUGGCGUGA